AUGAGUUCUUAUGUUGACAGCUCCAAUCUCAGGCAAACAAGCGAGACAACUUCUCCAAACACUAUGUUUAGUUUCGAUCUAUCUGGGCACGGGUCCAGUCGUUAUAAGGGUGUUAAUGUGAACGGGAUAUUCACUUGUCCCGUCCCCACGACCUCUGUUGAACGGGAGGAGAUGAAAACUAGCCUGCGUGGCAACACGGAUACUCCUCUCCCGCCGGGACCACAGAUAACCAUGGUCUCCAGUAGCUCGUCGGUGGACGCAAGCGGGCUUAACUACGGCAGCGGAGCGCUGCUGGGGCGAGGGGCUGACAGAGACCCGGAGAGGAGCGCAAAAUCCGGCGGCAACAAGAACCAUGAGAGCGACAGAAACGCAGAGAACACGCAAGCCAUGAAACGAAACACAAACGCGAGCCAGCGUCAGGACAGUGAGCAGCAGCCACAGAUUUAUCCAUGGAUGACAAAACUGCACAUGAGCCACGAAUCGGAGGGUAAGCGGUCCAGGACCAGUUACACCCGCUACCAGACUCUGGAGCUGGAGAAAGAGUUUCACUUCAACCGGUACCUGAGCCGCCGCAGGCGCAUAGAGAUCGCCCACACCCUGUGUCUAAAUGAGAGGCAGAUCAAAAUCUGGUUCCAGAACAGACGAAUGAAGUGGAAGAAGGACUCAAAGAUCAAAGUGAAGGAAUAA